AUGGCGAGUCCACGCCAAUCGCUCGACGCUGCCGCUGCUGGCAGUUCCAAUGGCUCUUCCACUGUCGUAUCUCCGCCAUCCAACAUUGACUCGCGGGCUUCUGGCAUACGAAACCAGUCUGCUCGACGCUCACAUAUCUCCACGAACCAUUCGCAUCGACAAAGCUUCAGCGAGACUCUCCGCGCGCCUGGAUCCCCGAGAUCACGCCGUCAGCCGUCGAUCACCAACGCCGGAGUCUUGAAUCUUAUUGAUAACCCGCCUGUCCCAAACAAUCCAGAUGCCAGCUUUGCUGGUCGUGACUGGAGACACAUUUCGAUUGGGGAGUUGGUUAGUCCAGAGGAUCUAAAGUUUGUCGAGGUUGACACGGGGAUUGAGGAAGCAACCGAUGCGUUGAUCGACUCCAACAUUGCGGUACUGCUGAUUCGCGAGACACCUGAACACAAGUCCGCCGUGGGCACAUUCGACUUUUCCGACCUUAACGCAUACCUUCUGCUAGCGGCGGGACUGACGCAACCCGACGAAGAGUUACUUGGACUAUAUGGGGAGUUAGCACGGAAAGCUCAGGAAGGAAGCAAGAUACCACUGCGAGAUGUGAAGGAUCUAGGCAAGAAGGAGCCGAUGACGACACUGCCCGCGACGGCUAACGUGAUGAGUGCCGUGGAGACGUUUGGGGGUGGCGUGCAUCGUGUCGUAGUGGUGGACGAGAAUAGUAAUAACGAGGUGGUGGGAAUCUUUAGCCAGUUUCGGUUGGUCAAGUUUCUGUGGGAGAAUGGUCGCACGUUUCCAGCAGUCAAUCAACUGUAUCCGAAUUCCCUGGGAGAUUUGGGGAUAGGGUCGCGAGCCGUGCUUUCAAUUAAUGCAGAUAGGCCGCUUAGUGAAGCCCUGCGGCUGAUGUAUGAGGAGGGCAUCUCAUCCGUCGCAGUGGUUGACAACCAUUUUAAUGUAGUGGGCAAUAUCUCCGCGACAGACGUCAAGCUUUUGACCCGAUCCUCAUCACUUCCACUAUUGCACAAUACAUGCACAAAUUUUGUCUCGGUGGUUUUGUCUACGAGAGGUUUGAUCGAUGGCCAGGAUUCUUUUCCGGUCUUCCAUGUAGAUCCUAGUUCGACCCUUGCACAUACGGUGGCGAAGAUGGUGGCUACUAAAUCACAUCGAUUAUGGGUGACGGACCCGCUCUCCCCAGCGUCAUCCGGACCUUCGACACCGUCACAUUCAGCAACCCAUCUUGUGCCCAACACAGCACCAAACCCAGCAGUGUCUCCGCCCACAUCGCCAAAGCCGAAUCAAUUGACAAACCCUAGCAGCAACCCACACUUGCCGAUUCCCCACACAUCACCACAGCCGGGAUCAGCCACACUGGCAACGUCAAUUCCCGCAUCAGCACUAUCGGGAGCACGCCUGUCGGGCCGAUUGCUGGGCGUGGUAAGCUUGACGGAUAUUCUCAAUCUACAAGCACGAGCCAGCGGGUUAAGCCCGGCCGAUCCUAUGGAAAGCCGCGCGCAUCGCCGACGGAGCAGUAGUUCUAGCAUGAGUGUCCGGCGGAGCGGAGAGUUGGGGCGGGAGUUGUUUAGCCGAGGUUUUUGA